CCCAUGGGAUAUUUAGAGGUGAAAGAGACAAAUGCUGAAAAAACUUCAUCUGAAGGACUAGUGCAAUAAAAUGAAAAUUGUUAAAAUAAUCACCACACAUGUAACUAGAUUUUGCUCAUGUUGAACAUACAUCUUGCUCCAUAGUGGCUAGUUUCAGAAUAGUGUGCUGUCAGCUACACACAUCUGGGAAAGACCUCAGAAGGACUAGCCAGCCUUAUUGUUUCAAAGAGGAACUCGCGCUGAGGAGACAAUAGAAACCUGCUGCUAGAUAUUAUUUCCGUUUUAGGUAAUCCACCAAACAGGAUGUUGCCCUUAGAAUAAACGAUUCAUUCACUGGGUCUUAGGAUGUGUAAACUCCGUGCUCCCAGCAGUGGACUAUAAUGCGCCACAAAAAUAACUCCAUUUCAGCCUACAUGAAUAUCAAGCUGCCAAUUUAGACGGAGUAAAAUGUUCUCCUUGUUUUUACUCUGCUAUGCGUUUCUUGCGGGUGAAGUAGCCUCUUCGCAAUCAGCAACGCUGUGUCUCCCGAAAGCUUGCUUCACUUUGUAUCGUGAAGCGCUGCCGUUUCAGGAGGCCGCGAAGAAGUGCGAGGAUCACGGGGGUCAUGUAAUGACGACUCGGGAUAAAACUGAAUCGGACUACAUGGAAUAUGUGCUUUCACAGUUCGGUGAAAGUACCAGCCAGCUUUGGAUCGGACUCAUGCUACCAAAGGGCCACUGCACGUCACCUAAUUUAAACUUAAAAGGUUUUAAAUGGAUUCAUGGGGAGGAGGACACCCAGUAUUCGAACUGGAGAAAAGAACCAGAGACUACUUGUACAGAAGAGCGUUGCGUGGUGGCUCAGGCAUCGUCUAGCGUUGGACUUAAAUGGAUGGACAUAUCUUGCAAAGGACAACACAUUUACCUGUGUCGUAAUCACUUCAAGGGAAUGUGCCCGAGCCUGCCGGUGCUGGGCUCCUGGCAUGUCGAGUAUAAUGUCCCAAUGUCAGAUUCCCCUUUUAAUCACAACGCGUUCUCUGUUUGGCCACAUGGGACUUUUGCUACAAUUGUGUGUGGCUCUACUUUUCUUUACACACUGUGUAAUGACAUAAACGGUGUGUAUACAUGGUCAAACCCAGGCCCGUUUUGCAAUGAGCAGAAACCAAGAUGCGACCAUUUGAAUGGAGGGUGCACUCAGCUGUGCGUCGCGGAUGAAUCUGGAGCUCGUUGCGCGUGCCGAGAAGGGUAUCAACUCGGUGACGACGGAAUCUCGUGUGUCCUUAAAAAUAACUGUGACAAUGCACCUUGCGCCUACAAGUGCCUGUCCAAAACCUCUGGAUUCUUAUGUACGUGCCCAGAUGGAUUCCAAUUGGCAGCGGACCAGAUAAACUGCGAGGAUCUUGAUGAAUGUUCCUUGACUCAUUCAUGCGGUGACGACGUGUGCAUCAACACCAAUGGUAGUUACACCUGUCAGUGUAAAGAGGGGUUCAGCUUAUUGGACGGAAAGUGUCAUGAUAUUGACGAAUGCGUUCAGUCUAGAUGCCCACAGGGCUGCCUUAACUCGUUAGGGUCUUUCUCGUGUUACUGCUAUAAAGGGUACAGGUCCUCGGAUAGAGGCUUGUCAUGUGUUGACAUUGACGAGUGCCUCACUAACCGCUGUGAGGACGAGUGUACCAACACAUUAGGAAGUUUUGUGUGCUCUUGUAGACCAAAUAUGAAACUAGCAAGCAAUGGGAUAUCUUGCUUACCGGACAAAUCUGAGGGCUCGCAUUCAUCUCACGGCAUUGACGUAACCCUGAUUCCAUCUCAAAUUCCACAGCGUUCCACUAGUCCUGUGGUGAAUCACUCGCCUACCUCGUCUUUGGAUAGCGCACUUAUCCAUCCGAUUACGCACGCACCGUUUGGCGGCACCGGGGAGCCUGUGUCUGACGCACAGCUUGGCAAUUCCUUUGUGCUUUACUGUAUUUUAGCAUCUGUGAUACCGCUUAUCAUUUUGAUUUUCCUAACUGCUGCUAUUGUCAUUUACCGCUGCAACCGGUCAAGGAGCCACAAGAAGAAGCAAAGUCCAACCGCUGACAGUUACUGCUGGGUUUCAUCCGAGCCGUGUCAGAUAAAAUACUUUAGUACUUUAAACGAUUAAACUAAGCCUUAGAAGUAGGCUACAGACCAUCUUAUAUUCUGUGACAGUGGUGCACAUAGGAUUUGUCUGUGUGUGUGCGCGAGUGUGUGUGUGUG